CAGCAAUUGUGGGUUCAAUUACAGGCUCAAAAUGACCAGACACAAAGAACUUCUGAAAGUUGUCAUUCUAUUCUUGUUCUGGCAAAGGCAAAUGAAAGCUAUUCCAUGUUCGCUGGAAUAAUAUAUAUAUAUAAAACGGCAUAAGCGUCCUGUAAAACAUUUGAAGCUAAAGGGAUUCUGAGAUACUGCGCGAGCGGUUGCUGAAUAUGACAAACUGAAAGCAAUUGGUCGGGAGCGUUAUUCAGGCCUAUUCUGUCAGUAUUGAGAUCUCAUUUCUGUAGUAACUGAUGUAGUAUUUCCUUCUUGUCGUGGAUCGACGUACGCAUGUCUGGUUGGAACUUCCUCCUGUGGCCGUGGGUUUUCUUUGGUCAGUGUUCAUUCGGUGAGUGGAAUGUAGAAUCUGGCAGGUGAAGCACAUUGACGUUUUCGCAAUGAGCUACUGCAGUGAUACGUCAAGUGUCGACGACGAGUUGGAGACAUUACGAUGGUACCACUUUGACCUUUCACGCCAUGCCGCUGAAGCUCUUCUCCUGUCCAAUGGGAGAGAUGGGAGCUAUCUCCUCCGAAACAGUCACCAGGGUCCUGGUAGCUUUGCCCUGUCUGUAAGGGCCAAAGAUUCAGUGAAACAUUUCCAUGUAACACGGAAAAGCGGCGGCUAUGCCUUUGGCUUCAAUGAGUUUGCCACCCUCCAGGAUUUUGUCAACCAUUUUGCCAACGAGCCUCUGUUGGGGAGCGAGACAGGUACCCUCAUAGUCCUUAAAUGUCCAUAUCCAUGGCGUGUAGAAGAGCCUUCAAUCUAUGAGUCUGUGCGAGUUCACACUGUCAUGCAGGCAGGACGGACCGAGAACGACCUGGUGGUUAACGCUCCAUCAUUAGGAACAAAGGAGGGCUAUUUGGUAAAGUUAGGAGCAUUCAUAAAGAACUGGAAACAGAGGUGGUUCACAUUAAACCGAAAUGAACUCAAAUACUUCAAGGACAAAAUGUUUGACGAGCCCAUUCGCACCUUGGAUCUGACUGCAUGCUCGGCUGUCCAGUUUGACUACUCCCAGGACAGGGUCAAUUGCUUCUGUCUGGUGUUCCCCGAGAGGACAUUUUAUCUGUGUGCUAAGAGUGGAGUGGAGGCGGAUGAGUGGAUCAAGAUAAUACGAUGGAAACUGUCACAGAUAAAAAAAGGAAGAUGACAACAUGAAGUGGAGAGCAGAGCUGUGAUAUUAUGCCAACUGUGGACAGUCAAAAAGGAAUAUUCCCCAUGAACUUUGAGUUCUUCACCUAAGAACUGGUGGACUAUCACUCCUGCUAGCCACAGAUGACCAGCUGGUAAACCAAUAAUGGGCACUAACUUUUGAAAUGUCUUUUUUCGUAACUGCCAGUAUAUGCACAAUGAGUGUUGUAAAUAAACAUGUUAAGUUCCUCUUUCCAUUUUCUACACUGAUGUUCCCAAUGGAAGACAAUUACUUAAAUGUGAUUUUUCCAAAUGUCACCCCAAUGUAUUCUUUGUGAAUAUUUAUUAUAAUAAAGAAAACUGCAUCAAUCA